AUGGAUCUGGAACCUAGAUCUAUCUGCCUCUGCCUGGCUGUUUCUCAGGUGUGCGGUGUGCAUGAAGAAGGGGGCCCCACAAAGCGUCCAAUCCGACUCAUCCUUCUCAAGUCACGAAAGCGAACUACAUCCAGAGCGAGGAGCUUGGUUGUCUCCGCGCUCGCAACAGUCUUCCAAAGGACUAUAGACUCAGCAGCCUCGCCAACGAGAGCCUCAAAUUCGGCACUGUGA